GAUGAUCCGAAAUACUCCAAAAUGGCGGAGACUUCGCGGAGCCGCCUGAACUCUGUGCAUGCGCUCGUGGAUGAGAUCCGCGUGCGCACAGGAGACGAGACGAGUGACCAUGUGAGCUCUCUAUGGGAGAAACUGCAGUCGCAUGGACUGAACGACACGGAUGCGUGGCUGUGCGGAGCGCUGAUGCAGCGCCUUGCUCUCGCGGCAUGUGCCCCGAACUGCAAGUCGUCAGGCCAUAUCGAGAUCAUUGGGAAAAUCAGCCAAGAAAAGCAAUCGGUUGAAAUAGAUCGCGUGCACAUUAUCAGUGCACAGUGCGGAGCCCUUCGUCUGCUGCAUGCGGUCAAGCCGAUGGUGGUCCGUCCACAUGUAAACCCCGCGCAGUUCAUUCCAGUGGUCCGCCAAAGCAUGAACCUCAUGGACGAGCGCAAGCAGCGCGAAGAAGUGCUUAAGAUUUGCCGUGACGUCUUGAUUGCGAGCGAUCUCCAGGCGGAAGCUCAAGCCAUCUGCCUCGAGUUCUUGCACGACGAGACUCCUGGGAUCCGUUUGAUUGCCAUCGACGGCCUCCUAGCCCUCGCAACCUCCUCUCGACACACGGAACUCCCGCGCUCCCUAGUCGCGUCCGUGGCUUCGAUCCUCUUUGACGCCACCUCGAGCGGUUCUCCCACGAGCCGCGUCGCUGCCCUGCGCCUUCUCCGUGUGGUGGCCCUGCAGCACAAAGACGCGUCGGUCCUCUCGUCCUUCUACAUGCACGCGAUGGAUCGAUCGCACGUCGUACGUCGGGAAGUCGCGCUGUCGCUGCGUCAUUUCCAUGACGUGGCAUCACCAAACGCGAUCGCGCAAUGGUUGCUCAAGACGCCGCUGGACGACGGACAGCCACACGUUCCUACCGAGUUGGUGGCCACGGGCGUGUUGCUGUCGUUGCUGGAAGACCAACAUGACGAGGUUCGGGAGGAAGCGUCCCGCAGCAUCGUCGCCCUCGCCCGCCUUUGCAAGCCGCACCUGCAUGUGGCCGCGCUAGAGAACUCCAUCACCGCGCAUGCAGACUUGGUGCAUGUAGGCGCGUCGUUGUCGGCCAAACUCACCAUCACGCUGUCGUUGGCGUCGUUGUUGAAGUGCCACAAUACCCAUCCAUAUGCGUUCACAACCGAACAGAUGGAUUAUCUGUUUACAAAUCCCCCGACGGACGUGCCGCACGUGGUGGCGCUGAUGUCCGUGCUCGCCACGUGUUCUCUCGAGCACCUUUUGCAUGCGAAUCGAGCUGUCGACUGGCUUGCCGCCAUCUCCCACCUGUUCUGGCCACCACCAACCGUCUCUACUCCAACGGCUAAUCCCAUACUUUGUCGAACUUCUGCGUUGCAAACCCGACUGCUUGCGCUGACAGCGGUCGUGGGUCGUGACGUCGCGCCGCUGGUUCGUCUAGACGCUUCCCUUGGAGAUCGUUUGCGUGCUUUGCAGCAUGUACCCCUCCUUCGAGCGUUGGGAACGGACACGACACAUGUAUGUGCGACACCGUUAUUUGUGACAGCGUCGGCGCCACACCCAGUCGACAUAGAACCUGCACAUGCCACGGUCGUGUGUCCUGCACCUAUGGCGUCCUAUGCGCCAGGCUGGCAGCAACAUGUCGUCGUGACCGCGCUAGUGUACGGCGUCGACGACCCCACAACCCUCGCCAUCAAAAUCCUGGUGGAGCCCGACGGGUCCGACGCUCCGAUGGUUGUGCUGCAGGAGGUCGUUCCAAGGGAUAUCACGUGGCAAGACCGACGGGCGUGGGUCGUUUGCUGCCGCGUUCCUGUGACGAUGCCAGCCGCGUUGGAUUGUUCCGUAAAAGCACUGGUUUGUGUAACGUCGUCGCAGGACCAGGUCCAGGCGAUGGGACCGGCCGUGGUUGUGGGGGUGACCCGGCAGACUCUGCCCAACAUGUCGCCCGUGCCCCAUCAACAGCAGCAGCUUCGAGUGCCAGAAUCGUCGCAUAGAAUGUGACAGAGUAGUCUUCGAGAGACUUUUAGUAUCCUCAACCAUUCGUAUGCAUCGACAAGGAUGAAUGUUCGAGUCAAUCAUCCUACGUUCGCCUUGAGAGUACGCUCGAUAGAUGAUGCCUGGCGACAACUGGGAACGACGAGGUUGGCCAGGACAGUAACAACAAUAUUAGACUAGUGGA